AACAUCAUCACCACUGUACCUAAAUCAGGAAGCACCGAGACACGUUUUUUUUUCUUUUUCUUUUUUUUUUUUAACGGAGACACGCUGGUGAUCACAGCAGCGGCGAACCAUAAAGGGGAAAAAGGCGUUAUUGUUGAUGUUGAUGACGACCACCGUCGACCACUGUUGAGAGAAGACUGACAGUUGGUUACAUCCAGUACAAGGCUCAGCUGUGGAUGCAUUUUACACAGGAGACGGUCUCUGUCAGCAGCAUGGGCCAGCAUUUCGGAAAGAGGGAGUUACCCACAGACAGUAAGGCUCCUUCACCUGAACCCAAAGCAGAGCAGACAACAUCAGCAGCAGCAGAACCUGAAUCGCAAGAUGAAGUCUUCGGCCUGGGUGAGGCAGAUGCGAACCAGAACAAUGGCUGCGUCUCGGAGAAGCCGGCGGUGACUGACUCCAAGGGCGCUGAGGGCCCCCGCCAACCCUGGACCCCCGCCAGCACAGCUGACCCUGACGCCGCCACACCACGCCCCCACCUGGCCCGCCUCUUCUCCCGAGAUGCCCCGGGCCGAGAGGACAACACCUUCAAAGACCGACCCUCCGAAUCGGACGAGCUGCAGACCAUUCACGAGCACAGCGGAGCGGCUUCAGAGUGCGGGUCGGAGAGCCCCGAACAGGACCUAGAAUGCUAGCUUUUUUUCCCUCCCUCCCUCUCUUUUCUCUUUUUCCCUCCUCUGUUUUUUUUUCACACUCUCUCAUUUAAGAGAGAGACAAGAACCCGACAUUUGACAAAUACAAACGUACUACCAACCACUACUACACCAAUGGCAUCCGCAAGCAGCUCUGCACAGGCCGCCUUCGGGCUGGGCCGGAGGAAGAAGAACCCCGGCCUCCUGGAUCAGAUUGGAAAGUUCUUUGGAGGGGACAAGAAGAGGAAGAGCAAGGGAUCUUUCCGAGGUGCUCUCUCUCCAGGCCCUCAGAAAGCCUCUGCGACUUCCCCACGUAAGCGCGGAGCAGAGAACGCUGUGGUCCAUUUCUUCCGCACGAUCGUGUCCCCUGCGCCUCCCAAGUCUAGGUGGAGAGGACUAGCAGCCAAGAUAGGCCUGGGCACCCAGAAGUCACACUCUGCCAAAGCCAAGAAGGCCAGUGCAGGGGACGGCAAAGGCACCCUGACUAGGAUCUUCAAAAUGGGAAGCAGGAGUGCUUCUCCAGCCAAACGCUGAAGUCCCUCUCUACAACCCCUUCCAACAGGACGAGGGCAGAUGUUCAAGAUCGCGGGACUAAAGUGGGGAAAAAGAGGAAGAAAAGGAGGAAAUCUUGUCACCCCUUAAACUCACGUUCCCCUCCACUUGUGAUAACACUCUAACUUACGCUAAAUCCCUCGUCUCCCCUAUUACCUUCCCACCCCUUUGGCUGGUAGAUAGCGACACAAUCUGUUGCCCCCACCCUCCCCAUGCAUGCGUUGUGCUGAGUCUGUGCAGUCAUCAUCAUUAGCGUGAACUUUUUGCUGAAAGUGAUCCCGAAGCCGCUCACAUGUGCAGCCUGAAUGACCCUCCCCCCCUUCUGCAAUGGCUCUCUAUACUCGUGCUUGAGUUUCUGUGGACGUCUUCCAAGAUUCCUCUAACAAAAUGGUGGCUAAACCGAAGCACACCUGGAGCAGUUGAAGGAUUAGGGCCGGUGCGAGUCCGACUGACUCGACCGUCAUUGCCGCUUGCCGACUGGAUGAAAAGGCUGGGUUGUUUCUGUUUUUUAAAAAAGGAGCGGUUUUCUGUCUCGUCACACUGUCUUCGUCAUUCCCUUGAACCUUUCCUGUAAACCUGUGUUUAACAGAUUUUACAUUUUUACGAGAGCCAUUUGGUCGCAGUGUGUUUUCAUUCAACCUUUGUGUGUGUUAGCUGUAGUUAAGUGUCCUGUCAUGGAUGUGAUGUUGAUCUAUGUUUGUCAUUAGGGUCUAAGGCUGGCUGUGGAUUUUUGUGGUAUAAAUUUAAUUUCUAAACCUUCUAAAUCAUAUUUUCUGCAAUAGUCACUGAGAAAAAUAAAUAAAUUAGUCAUUUCUAAUGUAUUUCUUUUUCAGUCCAAGAGAUAAUGGUAAACACUAAUUCUCCUGUCCGUAUAUAUCUAAGUAAAUAAUUUCGUAGUGCACUGUUUUCCACUUUUAAAAGCUGCCAGACUCUGAAUCUGAAGCUGAUGUUGGUGCUGCAGCAUGAUGCCAGAUUCAGACCUUUCCUCUUUGCUUCAGUGUAGUCUAGGUCACUCCUUUGUCUUCGCUGUUUCCAUCUCACGCACAGCACACAUACUGUAAAUUAAAUUCAACCCUUCGCUCAACAAGUGCCUUUCCUCCUGACUACCAAAACAAUGUGCUGUGUUCCCUUCUUGUGGAUAAUUAAAACAACACAAUUUCAAAAAGGUGCUCUGUAACUAACUCUGUAGUUACACAUUAAAACGGUUUCUUGGGAAUGUGUCAGUUGCAAGUUUUCUGGAGGAAAAAAAAAGAAGCUCAGCACUACCACUUGUGCUGUUCAAAGCAUCCGUCUUCCACAUGUUACAAAGCAGGCGUGUGUUCAUCUCUCCCACUGUUUGUGUGUGCUUGAGCCUCGUGGGUGCUGUGUAGUGUUCCUCUGAAUGGACCCUGUGGAUGAAUGUAAAGAUCCUCUUCAUUAUUGUAUGUGUAAUAAAACAUGACCAGCCACUUAACUGAGAAUAAAAAAUAAAAAUUAUAAAACCAA